AAUUAUUAUCAUGCCUAAAUCUCAUUCAUCAUCUUCUUCAGGUUCAUCCUCUUCAAGUGAAGAGAAGAAGAGAGUGAAAGAUUUAAAUUAAAAAAAAUCAAAAAGUCAAAAGUCAAGAGAAAGGUCAAAAGAAAAAUCAAAAGAAAAAAAAACUAAAGAUAAAACCAAGGAAAAGAAAAUUAAAAAUCUUCUCCUUGUUUAGAAUAUUUCAAGGAAUGUCACCUAAGAUAUUUUACACGAGAUAUUCUCAACUUAUGGAAAGCUAACUAAUGUAGAAAUGUAGUUUGAUGAAUAAAAUAAUAUGCUUCCUCUUUUAUUUGCUUUUAUUACAUAUAACGAUGAAGGCGAUGCUUCUUAAGCUACUUAAUAUAUGCAUAGAGCAAUUAUUGAUGGAAAAAAGAUAAAAUGUUAAAGCCUUGGAGUAGAUAGAUAAAAGUAAAAAUAAUAAUUAAAUUAGAUAUUAUACAGAGAAGAUUAAAAAAGAAAGAUUAGAUAAACUUAGAUAAAGAGAAAUCAAAAAGGAAAAAGAUUUAAAAUAAAAGGAAGAAUAUGCUAGAGCGAGGAUUAGAGAAGAUAAAUAAAAAAAUGAAAAUAAAGAUGGUGAAAAAGAUAAAGAAUUAUAAAAAAAGGAUUAAGAAUAAUAAUAAGAUUAAUAAAAAUAAAAGGAUAAAGACAAAGAAAAAGAAAAGGAGAAGGAAAAGGAAAAGGAAAAAGAAAAAGAAAGAGAGAGAAGAGAAAGAGAAAGAGAAAGAGAAAGAGAAAAGGAGAGAGAAAGAGAAAGAGAGAGAGAAAAAGAGAGAGAAAGAGAAGAAAGGGAAAGAGAAAGAGAAAGAGAAAGGGAAAGAGAAAGGGAAAGAGAAAGAGAAAGAGAAAAAGAAAAAAGGGAAAAAGAAAAAGAAAAAGAGAGAGAAAGAGAAAGAGAAAAACAAAGGCAAAAAGAAAAGAGAGAAAAGGAAAAAUAAGAAAGGAUUGAACGAGAAAAAAAGAAGAAAUAGCAUUCAUCAAGAAGAAGAUCAUCAGAUAGGCAUCACAAAAGAUCAAGUUCAAGAAAAAGACAUUCAAAAAGAAGAUAUAGAAAAAGGUCAAAAACUCCUGUAAAAAUUAAGAACUAUUAUAUUAGAAAAAAAAAUAAAAUAGGAGGGAAAGUACUUCAAGUUCAUCAUCUGAUUCUUCAUCCUCUUCAUCUUCAAGUGGAAGUUCUAGUAGCAGUAGCAGCAGUGGAUCCUCAUCUUCUUCACAAUCAGAUGAUUAAAAAUAAACAAACUAAAACUAGAAGAAGACAUCUUCAAGUAGUUCUUCAAGUGACUCAGAUAGUUCAUCAUGAUUAUUAGAUUAUUAUUUUAUAGUGUGAAAUAAAUGCAAUUA